UCAGGGUGGUUAGGAUGUUUUGUAAAGGUAUAUGAGGGUGAAUUUCGGACGAUCCUGCGUUGUACUACGCCUGCGCAAAAAACAGUUCGCGAGCGCGUACUUCAGUCAAAGUAAGGCGGCGCGCCGGCUAGCGCGCUCGCCUGCCGCUCGCCCCGAGCCCUUAGCGGUCGUCGAAUACCAUUUUCAUCAAUAAAAAUAAUGUCCUAAAGUGUUAAAAUCGUGUGUGUUGUCUUAAUCUGUCAAUUGAGCUGUUAUUGUGCGUGUAGCGGUAAUGUUAGGUGCCCGUAGUGUCUUCCCCUAGUAUAAAGACGUGAUUGACUGUUGAGAGUGUCGUUGUUUUGAUAAGAUAGUAACCAUGAUCGGCUCGUCCUAGAAGAUCGCUGUGUAAAUAAAUAGGUCUAUUAAUAAAGCAAUAAUUCGUUAAAACGUAGAAACCCCGUAGUGACGCUAUUUAAAGUGCUUAAGUAUAGCCAUAGUUCUAUUGUUAAAAAUAAAAUCUUCCAUAUUUUAAUGUAACUUUAAUGUAAAAUGUGGCGUGACUGUAACCGUUAAAACAACAAUCCAAAAUGAUCUCUAAAACGGGAGUCAUAAAGUUUCAAUUAAAACAAGAAUAUUCAAGCCUUAUCGCUUCGCAGCGUACAAUCGACGACAGAAGUGCAUAGCUGUGAAAUAAAUUAAAUAAUGUUAAUAAGAAGAUGCCGCAACGCGCGCCGACGUCGUCAAGCUUGAUGCGACCGUUCGUGGUGUUGGCCCUGCCCGGAAUGUAUUUGCUGUAUAAGUACAACCAGUACCGCCAGCAGCAAAUGGAGACCGCGCGGCGCCGCGUCACCGAGCGCGAGCUUAUGCACCUCAACACCAAAAUCGACAAAUUGCUCAAUAAGCUGGAAGAAAAUGAACCGGAACUUGCCUCUUCGCCCGAUGAAGAAUGUGUAAUAUGUGUGAACGCGAAGGCGACGAUGCAGACGUCGCCGUGCGGGCACCGCGUGGUAUGCCGGCGGUGCUUCGUGAAGACCAUCCAGAUGGCAGUCAGCCAGCGCCUGCUGCCGCUGCGCUGCGUCAUCUGCCGCGCCAAGAUCCUGAGGCUGCGACAAGCGCCGAGGCUUGUCACAAGCAAGAGCUGGCAGGUGUCGUCGGGCAGCGCGAAGUCGUGGGGCGUGCCGGGGUCGGUGUCGAGCUACUCAGUGGGCGCGCGCUCCGUGCCCGCAUCGGCCUCGCUCUACUCCGUCACCAGCGGGGAGUCUUCCCUCUCCGGCGUGUCGUCCGUGUCAUCGAACAGCGGCGGCAAUGUCCCCAGCACUUGCAGUACGAAGCUGUGCGGUGGCGCGAAGUGUGGUGGCGCGUGUCUGGGCGCCGUGCCGCGUGCCAGCGUGCCGCCCCGGGCGCGCCAGCCCGCCUCCAACUCGCUGCGUCGCUCGCAACACCAUAGCAUGAAGGCCCGGUUACAAGAUUACCAAGUCCAUAGUUAUACGGGAGGACCAGCUGCGGGCGAGCCCUCGGGCCGGCUGCCUCCCAUCCGGGAGUUCCAGCGAGAGUUCCGCGAGGGACGGAGAGAGAGCGCCGCCGCGGCCUCCGCCUCUACUAGGAUAAGGUGUGCCCAAAAAAUAGUAACGCAACUAGAAACAUCACCGCAGAAGGAUAAGCAGCACUUCUUCCGGCCACUCAAACCUUCGAACAAAGACGACCCGCCCCCCUCCAGAGAUCACAGUAAAGAGACUGAUAAGAAAAAAGAUAACCCCAAAGCGAAAACCAAGAAGGAUGAUAAGAAGAAAAAAGACGAUGAGAAUGCAAAGCAGGAUGACAAAAGUAAAAAAGAUGAAAGCACUGACAAUAGGAAGAAUGAAAUAGCAGAGAAAAAGAAGGAAGAAAAACUGAGACUCAAGGCAGAGAAAGAGGCUAAAAAGGAGGCUAAACUUCAGGCAAAGGAGGAAGAGAGACAGGCUAAACUCUUAGCUAAGGAAGAAGAAAAACAGGCCAAACUAAAAGCAAAGGAGGAGAAGAAAAAAGCCAAAAAAGAGGCAAAGCUGGCGGCGCAGGCAGAGAAAGAGAAAAGCAAAUAGAGUUAUAAAAUUUAAAUUUUACAUUGUAGAAACUCGUAGCCGUCUUAAAUUUUAGAUUUGAAAAUUGUUAUCAUUGAGAAAUCGUAAAAACAAUUUUAAAUAGCGUAUAUCUAAGAGUCUAUUGUAGUCCAUAUUACUUACUUACGGUAAACUAGAUACUGUUAGUUUAAAUUUUAUUUUUUUACUUCGAUUGGAGAUGAUAAUAUUGUGUUUACGCUUUGAUACUGAUUUAUACAAUUUUGUUAAAAUUAUGUAGCUUAGUUGCAAUUUCAAAUGGAAAUUGUUAUACUUAGGAAUGUUGUAAAUAUUUUUAAUGUCGAAAAAUGUUAUUAUGAGAAGCAAUCUAAGUACAUAGUUGUUGGGUCAUAAUUGGAACUCUACAAACUGCGAAGACUGAAAGAACGGGAUAAUGAAAUCAUAUCGUUUUGUAAUUUAAUUGUGUAACAGUAUAGUUAAGAGCUUCGUGCAUACAGCACCGCCGAAGAAUUUAUUUAUUAUGUAGAUUUCGUCGUACUUAGUUUGUCUGUAGUUGAAGCUUAUAUUAGAGUUGAAUUCAUUUAGAAUCAGUUACAUUUUCAACACUGGAAUUUGAGAUGUAAUCAAUAAUUGCGAUUAAUAUUUAUUUUUCUUGAACUCUUACUUGAACGAUUCUAAAUCUUCAUGGUACAAAUAUUAUAAUCCCAUCUAUUCGGAUUACUAAAAUAAUUUUCCUAUAUACUAAAAUCUUUCCUAUUUCUACAGAACCCAUAUGACAGUAACUUAAAACUAAUAGUUAUCCUGCAUUAAAGUUAAAGUAGCAUCAUAUCAGGCAUUUAGCAUACUGCUAGGUAAGUGUUGACAUUAAUUUUGUAAGGGUUCCACGAGUCGGAAUUUAUUAUUGUCAAUCGUUAGAAAUUUCCUGUAAAAUAAAUAACAAUGUUACCAUAA